AUGGACAGAGUACGCUCUCUUAUUGGGGGCCACCGCACACGCAAUCGCCAGCGUCCCUUAUAUUCACACAACGAGACUCCAUCAACCACGAAUCUUUUGGGAGCUGGUGGUAAUGGGGACGAUCAAUCCACGAUAUUUGAGCAUGAAACGGAGCGACCGGGUACUGCAGAGCAGACUGUACACGACGGCGAUGACAAUGCGGAUGUUGCUACUUUGAAUACAGCGGUAUCAGAGGGCUCCACUAUCGGGGAUCUACAAAGACAAGGUUUUAUUAACAGAGCCCCCAGGUUCACUUCUGAAAGAACCAUGCCAUUCAUUUCAAUCCUACUACAACGAGGGUAUUUUGUUUUCCCUAGUGAAGAGUCUUUCCAAUUUUUUUUACGCAACAAGAGAAAACUUGAUAAUAUUGAUCCAAAAACCGGUUUGGGACUUCCCCUAUUUCACGCUGUCUCUUUAAACUUAGUCAAGUCCCUCUUUAGUAAUCAUAAUACUCCGGUAAUGAGGAUUUACAAAUACGCCAUAAUAGAUUUUCAAUGCGAGAAGCCUCCACCCAAUUCCGAGCUAGUCCUGGAAAUAAAUAAGAGUAUUUCAAUAUAUAAAUUCGAAUUCUGCACCAUUUUAAAAAAGCUAGAAAGCCAUAAUUUUUCCAGUAGAGUAGAACACGACUUCAUUUUUCAUUUAAACAACGAGCCUGACGUUCAUAUUCCCAUGAUUAAUUACAAUCAAAGAAAAAACGCAGAUACGACAGUUCAUGGACUGAAUCUCCGUUGGUAUGGGACAACUAGUUUGGCCUCACCGUUCGGGUCAAACAGCAUCAAUCUGCUUGUUCUCGACGAUACCAUGGCAUCUUAUAUGAACCAACCGACUAUAGAAGAGUUUGAUUCUUAUUGUCGUUCUCGCCCUACAAGACCAUUAGGCUAUCUCCCAGUAUGGGCUAGAUAUACUGAUGAUAAGGUUAGUAUAAUACCGAAAAAGAGAUCGUUGAGGGUGGCUACCCUUUACAUGCAGGAGACUGAUUCCUUGAAUGACGAAUCUAAUUCGACGACCCCCACUCCGUGUACCAUUGGUAGUGAAAUACACCCCAAUAUUAUUGACACAAUCCCGUGGGAUAGCCAAGUAUUGACUUGUAUGUGCAUGCUUUUGCACGAAUAUGAAUCAAGAAAGGAUAAACGUCACACUGCAUGGGGAAGUUCAACCGGUUAUAUGUUGAAUGGACCUGCAGGAUUACUUAUGUAA